GAGACCAGUAAGCUUUGGCCUUCAAAGCUGCAGAGCAAAGCUUUCCUUUGGCUCAAACGUCAACACCUGAUGGACUCGGCAAUCCAAGCGUGGAGACAUUAAAGAAACCAACCUUACGGUGGCUUUGGGAUGGAAGCCAUAAAGCAGAGCAUAAGAAGCAGUGGAAACACUCGGCUGAGGGGGAAUAGUGUCCUCGGUGACGAGGCCACGUCAUGCCUCUCUGUGCCAUUGACAAUGACCUCUCUCUACUGCUUACUAGUCCACUGCUUCCUCUCCUCUCUCUCUCGCUUCUUCUUUAUAAGCACCAGUACUAGAGUGCAGCAUGCUGUUUUCUGGUUGUAGGAGAUGAUGAUGAGCAGGCACCACAUUCCAGCGUAUGGGGACUGGGAUAACUGGGAUGAUCUGCGCAUGGCAGUGAGAGCAGCUUAUCAUCAACAUCACCAGCAUCACCAGAGAAAGGUGAAGAGAGGAGGAGAGAAGCAGAGGAAGCAAUGGAGGGUGUGUGAUGUGGCAGCUCAGACCACAGCAAGGGGAGGAAGAGCUCCCAAGGCUGUGGACGAGGACUUGUACAAGAUUCCACCUGAGCUCCUCCACAAGAAGCCCGAGAGGAAGAUGCUGCUGAGGAGCUUGGUGUCAGGAUGCAUGGGGCUCAACUGCAUUGCUUGAGAGAGAGAGAGAGAGAGAGGAUGUAGAAGUAAUGUAGUGAGGGUGAAGAAGAUGAGCAUCAGUAGAGGUGUAGUUUUUGUAGCACUUUUUUGCAUGUUUCCUUCUUUCAGCAGUGUGGAGAGGUGGUAUUGGUAGACUUUGUUGUUGUGCUUGAAAUCUAUAUGCAUUGAUCUCACAAUCUGCCACUAUCUAUGACACACACAGCAUACUAGUCACUCAAUAGUAUCAUUCAAGUUGGCAUUUAAAGACCAUUGAAACCAGGUAGAGUCUUACAUGUCCUCCAGCUUUCAUCAGGUUGGGAGUUGCAAGCAGAAGAGUGCAAGGGUUGGACAAGGAGCUGUUUAAUGUCUCCAAAAGGCUGUGGUGAUAUGGUACCAUUAGUCCUUCCCACUCUCCAAGAGUGAAACCAAAUUUCUAUAAAGUAAAAGAGGAGACAGAAAAUGCUGAUACAUGAUUUUCAAACACAAUGUAACUGAGAUCAUAUAAAAUGAACAUUGUUGUUUCAUUGUCAUGAACUCCUUUUUCUUCUUGAGAAUGAUGAUGAGAUUGAUAUUUCUACCUCAAGGACCAAAAUCCAAUAUCUCAAUGACUCAAGUUCUACAUUAGACUCGAUCCAACAUCCUCUCUGCUCCUUGGAAACCUGCAUAUUAGAACCUGAAAUCACUAAGCUCUCUCAACUUGGAAUAAGUUGAGAGAGGUUAGUUAAUACAGUUGAUGUAUGCUACAGGUAAUAGUGUAGUUGACUUUGCUAGAAAAAAAUACUUUUACAAUAUAAAAGAAAAAUGUCAACUCAAAAACUCAGAUACUUACCAUCUCAUUGAUGUAAAAGAUAAAAAGAACUGAUAAGCUAGAAUAAAACAA